CCUUCCAGCUUCAGAGGCCGAGUGAGCGAUGAGGUGAGAAACCUAAUCUAUAUCUUUCGCUUGGUCUAAUUGGGAUGCCUCUUUGUCAUCAUCACAGGCGACAAAUAGAUCGAAGCGGGAGUCAGUGGCAACAUGACGAACCCCUUUCGGUCGACGCUCGUUUCUGAGGCCGAAAAAUUCACAUAGUACCCCUCUCGGUCGACUCGUGUUUCUGAUGCUUAAAACUUCACAUGGUAUCGUGCGAUUCGCAGAUUCGUUAGCAUCCCCGAUGACGCAUGCAGUGAGAUCGAUGUCCAGCGACAGAUAAGGCUUGGUCGUUUGGAGUGGUCGUGGCCAUGGAGGCGAACACCGGGCCUCUGUUGAAGGUGUACUAUGAGAACUGCCCCGGAUGCAAGCAGGACCGGAAGAACGAGGUCCGCCGAGGAGUUCCUUACAGGGAAUUCUUCUACAUAUGGAUCGUCACGCUGUGCUCCGACACAAGACUUACAUGUUGCCAAAAGAGAAGAAGAUAUUGGAUUUUAUGCUGGUUUUGUAGGAUCUGCAUUUAUGAUUGGAAGAGUUCUGACUUCAGUAUUCUGGGGAAUUGUGGCAGAUCGAUAUGGAAGGAAACCAGUUAUAGUCAUUAGUAUUAUUUCCGUAAUAUUAUUUAACACUAUGUUUGGGCUUAGCACAAGUUACUGGAUGGCACUUGUUUCAAGAUUACUUCUUGGAUGUUUUAAUGGUUUGCUUGGUCCAAUAAGGGCUUAUGCUUCAGAAGUUUGCCGAAAAGAAUAUCAAGCUCUAGGAUUAUCUCUUGUUAGUUCAACACGAGGUAUAGGUUUAAUUGUUGGUCCAGCUAUUGGAGGUUUCUUUGCUCAGCCUGCAAAGAAAUAUCCGAAUAUCUUCUCCAUAAAGUCAUUGUUUGGCAGGUUUCCUUACUUUUUACCUUGCUUUUGCAUCUCUCUCAUAGCAACUGGGGCAUUGGUUGCCUGUUUCUGGCUUCCUGAGACUUUGCACAUGCACGAUAAGUGGGAAAUUGAAGAUCUGGAGGAUUCACUAAUAAGAUGUGAAACAAAAAAAUAUAAUGAUGAAAUUGAAGGAACAAUGUUGGCAUCUAAGCAAAGCUUGAUAAAGAAUCGGCCUUUAAUGUCAGCAAUCAUUGUCUAUUGUGCUUUUGCCCUUCAAGACACAGCAUAUGCUGAGAUAUUCUCCUUGUGGGCUGUGAGCAACAAAACAUAUGGUGGAUUGAGCUUUUCAUCUCAGGAAGUUGGUGAAGUACUUGCAAUCUCAGGUUUGAGUCUCCUAGUUUAUCAACUAUUUCUUUAUCCAUGCUUUGAGAAGUAUCUAGGACCCAUCAGUUCAUUGCGUGCUGCAGCGAUUUUUUCUAUACCAUUGCUCACCAGUUAUCCAUUUAUGUCUAAGCUUUCUGGAUUAAAACUUUUCUUUGUUGUGAACUGUGCAUCACUCCUGAAGAGUGCUAUUUCCGUAACUAUCACCACUGGGUUCAACAUCCUGCAGAAUAAUGCUGUGUCUCAACAUCAAAGAGGUGCUGCAAAUGGUGUUUCUGUCACUGCAUUGUCUCUUUCCAAAGCUAUUGCUCCAGCAACCGCAGGGGCUUUAUUUUCAUGGGCACAAAAGCGUCAACAGGCUUCCUUCUUAUCAGGUAUAACUUGUUUCUCUUUGAAGCGUUGUCUCAUUGCAAAAGCCUCUAUUAUUCAUCAGAUAUUGCAAAAGUCCAUAAUUUUUUGUUUAAUACCUAACAUUUGCCAUGUAAAUUAAUCACCAAUUAAUCUGAUCAUGAUCUCAUGAUACCUGGAAAUCAUCUGAACUCAUCUACCUACUCUGAAUUGUUUGUAGCAAUAUUGGAUACUAUCAAGCGUACCCUUUUAGCUCUCUUCCAUUUCAUAAAUAAAUGAUUGUAGGAUCUUAUGCUAAUUCUUUAGAUUUGAAAUGUAAAGAUAUUCACAAUCGAUAUGCAUCACAGAUGAAUGUACACCUACUUCAUGGUUAACUUUAACCAUGGGUAAAAAUUCAAGGAAUCCGCAUCAAUUGCUUUUUUUUU